AUGAGCUGGUGGUGGAAGCAGAAGCCUGCCUCGAGCAGCGAUAGCAGCAGUGUGAAUGCUCUGUCCACCUCGCCAGCCCAGGAAGGGGUAACCACUGGCGCUCUUGCUCCAGACACUGAACCCGUCAAACGCAGCCUCACCCGGGACGAGCAGAGUGAUCGAGAAUGGACCGAGUUCCUGAAGGAGCUUCAAGCACAAGCAGAUGUGGAGCAAGCUCAAAGAACGAAGUCCAAACCACCUGCAGCACCGUCGCAACCAGCGCUUGUCCACACUGACAUCUCGCCCGACUCCCUCUACCCAGUCGAGAUUUCUUGCAGAUCCGCCUUCGAUUAUGCCAUGUUCUGUCAGAGUUUUGGAGGCCAGUUUGUCAACAUCUAUCGAUAUGGCUCUUUCCGUUCAUGCUCAAAUCACUGGGAUGACUUUUGGCUUUGCAUGAAGACACGAAACUGGAAAAAGGAAGAUCGCGAGAGGGCCAUACAGGAACAUUAUCGCAAGAAGGCAGUUAAAUGGAAGACUGGUCCGAGCAGCGAAGACGUCUGGGAAGUGCGACGGGAGCCGGUCAAGGAUCCUUUCUCGGGGAACUUGGAAGAACUCGAAGCACAAAUGGCCGAGUACAAAAAGAACAGUCUAUCAGCGCCCGAUGUCUGGACACCGACAAAAUGA